AGUUGUCUUUGCGGACUGCAACAAAAAGUAAAUAAAAGUUCUAAUUUAAAUUUGCAAUAUAAAUAGUGGCUAAUUAUUGUUGCUAUGAGCAACACUAAUGAAGUGCACACAGCGCAAGCGCACCUGCAUCAUGUGAAAAUGUAAACAAUCCAAUUGCCAUGGCAACGCAACGCAGGUGAAAAACAAAAGCAAAACAAGUGGCAUCAACAGCGAAAGAAAUUGGUAAGAAAGCGUAACAACAAAAAAACAGGUCAAACAUGUUUGUCUAUCUGAGUAAAAAGAUUGCUAUUCCCAACAAUGUAAAGCUGAAUUGCAUUGCAUGGAACAAGGAGGAAGGCUACAUUGCCGUUGCCGGCAGCGAGGGACUGCUCAAGGUGCUCAAGUUGGAUCAGGCUGCCAACAAUGGACAGAGCAAAGGCGGUCUGGCCGCCGUUUCGAACCUGUCGAUGAAUCAAACACUCGAUGGCCACAAAGAGUCCGUCAAAGUGGUCACCUGGAAUGAUGCACAACAGAAGCUGACAUCCUCGGACACGGAUGGCGUCAUCAUGGUGUGGAUGCUCUACAAGAGUGCCUGGUACGAGGAAAUGACCAACGAUCGCAAGAAAUCAACUGUGGCCGGCAUGAGUUGGACAUCGGAUGGUGCCAAGAUCUGCAUUGUCUACGAGGAUGGGGCCAUAAUAGUUGGCUCUGUGGAUGGCAAUCGCAUCUUUGGCAAGGAGCUAAAAAACACACAUUUGACGGGCGUGCAAUGGAGUCCAGAUAAUCGAUUGAUACUCUUUGCCCUGGCCAAUGGCGAGUGUCAUUUGUAUGACAAUCAAGGCAACUUUGCGAUGAAGGUGGGCAUCAAGUGCAUCACUCUGAGCUCAGGCCGCAUGCAGCGCAUUGCCAGCAUCAGUUGGUUCAGUGGACGUCCAGUGAAUAAUCGCAAUCGACCUGUGCUCGCCAUUUGCUAUGAGAACGGAAAGGUGCAAAUCAUGCGUAAUGAAAAUGAUGAUGCUCCUGCCAUCUUCGAUACGGGCAUGCGAAACGUGGACGCCAAAUGGAAUCACGAUGGCAGCGUUUUGGCCAUAUGCGGCACAACAUUGGAGGCUGCAACGCCGCUGCGAGACACAAAUCAGGUCUGCUUUUACUCGCCACUCGGCAGGAUUUACCGCAUCUUAAAGGUGCCCGGCAGCGACAUCACCUCGCUUAGUUGGGAAGGCAAAUCGUUGCGCAUUGCCAUGGCUGUGGAUUCGUUUAUCUACUUUGCCAACAUACGGCCGGAUUACAUUUGGUGUUACUUUGAGAAGACUGUUGUGUUUCUCAACAGCAACAAUCACAGUGGCAGCAGCACCACAAGCAGCGCCACCGCGAUGCCCAUGAAUGUGAUUACAUUUUGGAACACAGUGUCGAAUCAAAGCUUUCUUAAGGAAGUGGAGCCAACACUUUGCCUGGCAGCCAGCAAUGAGCAUUGUGUGCUGGGCGUGGAAUGUGUCAGUAGCAACAUCAAGGAGAUUGCACUUAGCACGCUGGAGGGACGCGCUAAUGCUUCGCCAGAUGACAGAGUCUAUCAGCUGCUGCUCUGCAACUCCAUUGGUACCACCGUGGACUCAAAGUAUACGGAUAUUAAGCCACGCUUUGUGGGCAUCAACUCGUGCUAUGUGGCAAUUGCUUCUUAUGACGAGAUACUGAUCUGGCACUAUCACACUCCUAAGAGUUCAUCGAAUUUACACGGCGUCAAGGCCCGCAAAGAGAAACGUUUUCACAUCGAUGACACUCCCACAGGCGUGGACUUGGCCAAGGAUCUGCUCCAAGGCCAACAACGCCGUGUUAACGAUCCUAUUUGCGCUCUUGCUUUGUCAGAGAAGCUGCUGCUGGUGGCUCGUGAGUCUGGCGUCAUCAACGAAUACAGCGUAGCCAAUGUGGCGCUUCGCAAUCGUCACACGCUGCACUCAAAGGUGCACAAGAUCGCCAUCAACUGCAAUUCCACUCGCGCUGCAAUUAUUGAUCAUGUGGGAGUCAUGACACUGCUGGAGCUGGACGAUAAUCGGGAGACGCAGCUCAAUUUCAGUCGUGUGGAACGCAAGGAUGUUUGGGCGGUGAGUUGGGCGAAGGAUAAUCCGUUGUUGCUAGCGCUGAUGGAAAAGACACGCAUGUACAUUUUCCGAGGCAAUGAUCCUGAGGAGCCCAUCUCGUGCUCUGGCUAUAUUUGCACCUUUGAGGAUCUGGAGAUCACAAGCGUGUUGCUGGACGACAUCAUCAGCAUUGGCGAGUUGCAGAAUGCCUCGCAUUUAAUUCAACUCCGUGUAAAGUCGCUGCGUGACACAGACGAUCUCUUAGAGCAUGUGGGACUCGAGGAUGCCAAGCAAUUCAUUGAGGACAAUCCGCAUCCACGUUUGUGGCGUUUGCUUGCCGAGUCGGCGCUUAAAAAACUCGAGCUGGAUACGGCAGAGAAUGCGUUUGUGCGUUGUGCCAAUUAUCCGGGCAUCAAGCUGAUCAAGCGACUGCGCAACAUCAAUUCGCAGGUGCUGCAACGUGCCGAGAUUGCUGCUUUCUAUGGCGAGUUCGAUGAAGCUGAAAAGUUGUACAUGGAUGCAGAUCGCAGGGAUCUGGCUAUUGAUCUGCGCAUGACGCUCUGCGAUUGGUUUCGUGUUGUGCAGCUUUAUCGCAUGGGCGGCGCCGGUGUUUCGGAUCAGCAAAUGGAAACAGCUUGGCGGGAGAUUGGCCAUCAUUUUGCCAAUCUCAAGUCGUGGGAGAGCGCCAAGGAAUACUAUGAAAAGUCGCAUUAUUUAGAGGGUUAUAUGGAGGCGCUUUAUCAUCUGGAGUUAUUCGAUGAGCUGGAGAAAUGUAUGGACAAGUUGCCGGAGAAGAGUCCACUGUUGACUAAAUUGGCUGAGAUGUUGGUAUCCGUGGGCAUGUGCUCCGAAGCUGUGCAAGCUUAUCUGAAGUUUGGCGAUCAAAAAGCCGCUGUGAAUGCCUGCGUUAAUCUGCGGCAAUGGGGCCAAGCUGUGGAGCUGGCACAAAAGUAUCAAAUGCCAGAGGUGAACACGCUGCUCAGCAAACACGCAGCACAGCUGCUGAACGAAGGACGUCUCACGGAAUCCAUUGAGCUGCAGCGCAAAGCGUGUAGGUACUUGGAUGCAGCACGUUUGCUUUGCAAGCUGGCAGAGCAAGAGGUGGAGAAACGUGCGCCCAUGCUGCGCAUUAAGAAGAUCUAUAUUUUGGCUGCACUCUUAGCCGAAGAUCAUCUAAAGUCGGUGGCAACGCCGCAAUUGGAUUAUGCUAUCGAUAGGAAUACUUUAUUGGACUCAAUUAGUCUGGAGGAUGCCGCGUUCAUCGAGCGUAUUUGGCAUUGUGCUGAAGGUUAUCAUUAUAUGCUAUUAGCUCAGCGACAGCUGCGCUUUGGCAUCAUGCACAGUGCGGUGGUCACUUCGUUGAGGUUGCGAGAUUACGAUGAUGUGCUGCCGGUGGAGGAUAUUUAUAGUUUGAUGGCGCUGGCCAGUUGUGCGGACAGAUCGUUUGACAUCUGCUCAAAGGCGUUUAUGAAACUGGAGUCGCUUGACUUUCUGCCCGAAAAGAUACAGCAAGAUUACGAGGAGCUAGCGGUGAAUAUAUUCUCGAAGAACGAACCCGAGGAUAGCAAAGUUGAUACUGUGGUGUGCUAUGGCUGUGCCGAAAAUGUGCCCGAUAACUUACCUUCUUGCAUGGAAUGUGGCGCCCGCUUUCCGGGUUGUGUCUCCUCGGGCAAGCCCAUUACACAGCCAACAAGCAACAUCUGGAUAUGCUCUACGUGUCAUCACUGCGCAUCACCCAUGGAAAUAACACGUCAUCGUAAUUGCCCGCUUUGUCACAGCCCAAUUGCAGCACCACCUGUCGCAACAUAAAAACUAAAUUCAAAUAAAUGUAAUUGGCGCCACAGCCUUACCAAAACA